AAAUUACAAUUAAUUUCCUGUAAUUUUUAACCUAGUUUGAGUGUUAAUAACGCAGUUAUUUACUAGGCUAAAUGAGGCAGUAAACCAGCACGAAAUUGAUUGCUGAUUUAUUUAUGGUAAGUGCUGCACAACGAUUCAACCCAGAAGAUCAGCACAGCAGGCAAGAAACAUUCUUUCACCUUCAGAUCUGUCAGAUUGUCCACCUGUCCACCAUUCAUUGUGCAUUGGACAUGCCUCGACUGAAGGGACCUACAUUAUUACGGCCAGGGUCUGACCAAAAAAUUGCUCUUAAGGAGAAGAUUCUCGACAUCUAUGAUGCAUUUUUUAAGGGUCAAGAUCCAUCUAGAGGCAACCCUAAUUUCUGGGAUGAAUUGUUCCUUCUCAAGGCUAAUGUCAAGUACAUUGAGAGUGAACUUGGCUCCCUCGAACCACAGCAACUCCUCAAAAUAAAGGAACACGUCAAUUCACUCUUCUACCACAGUGUGGCUACUUUGAAGCAGGAUCAUCCAAUUAGAGUUGUCAAUGCACUUCAGACACUGUGUGCUCUUGUGCGAGGGGUUCACAAGCGGACAUUGUCAGACCAUGGAUUUGAGGUCAUUGAUAUCCUCAUUGGAUUUGACUCGGCUGAAAUGCUGAUGACAAAUUUGGUGGAGAGGUUAAACUCUAUCCUAGUUGGAGUCUACUCUGUCAGUUUAAAGAACCUUGCCCUGAGACUUUUCCUCAUCCUUGCAACGGUGACAGAUAAUGUCAGCCAGAACACCAUUUUGGAAUACCUGAUGAUCAACAGUGUCUUUGAAUCCAUCAUUCAGAUCUUGGCUAAUCCUACCUCAAGGCAGGACCAUGGAUAUGAGGCAGUGUUAUUACUUACACUGCUGGUUAACUACAGAAAAUAUGAGUCUGCCAAUCCGUACAUAGUCAAGCUGUCAAUAAUGGAUGAUGAACUGGCUCUUACUGGUCUGGGUGCUGUCAUCUCGUCCACAUUAGCGAGAUACAACAGUCAGUUCAAGUUAGGCCAGGAUGAUGUAGCCUACACAGGAUGGUUUUCUGCCAUAACCAACAUGGUUGGAAACAUGUUUGUUGCAGAAAACAGUGAGCACAUCCAACCAAGCAUUGAUCCAGAUAACUGCAUCUUACUGUCUUUGUAUGAAGCUGUACAUCUCAAUAGGAAUUUCCUCACCGUUUUAUCCCAUAACCAUGCUCAUCCAGUGCAAUCUCUCCCUUCAACCACCUGUCCAUCAUCACCCCCUGCAGUACCAAGUGCCGCUCAAAGUUUGCAUGGUGAGCCCUCUUCUCCUACAGCUGUCAGUGAGACACCAACCAACAUCCUAGUCACGUUCCUGUCCUAUUGUUCCAUGGUCAUGCAAGAUCUCAAAGAUGAACAGAGACAGAACAACACCAAACUGUGCUUGAUUAUCCUCACAUGCAUAGCUGAGGACCAGUAUGCCAACUCAUUUCUUCACGAUGCCAACUUGUCCUUCCGGGUUCCUCUAUUCCGAGCGCCUAUGAGACACCGCAAAGCUACCACAGAAACAGUCUGGGCCUCAAGACCAUUGGCUUGUGCACUCUUAGAUUUGAUGGUGGAGUUUGUCAUGAGUCACAUGAUGAAGUGUCUACCAUUAGAACUCUACCUGAGAUGUACAGGUGUGAUCCAUCGAAUACUAUGUUAUCAGAAGAAGUGUCGUGUCAGGUUACAGUAUCCAUGGAAGGAGGUGUGGACAGCUCUCAUCAGCCUCUUGAAGUUUCUUUUGGGUAAUGAGUCAGUACUUGUCUCGAGCUACAACAUCUUUGAGCUGGCUUGUCAGGUGGUGAAUUUAUUUAACCUGUUCAUAACCUACGGUGACACGUUUCUCCCAACACCAGGAAGUUAUGAUGAAUUGUAUUAUGAACUGAUUCGGAUGCACCAAGUAUUUGAUAAUCUCUACUCCAUGGCAUUGCGCCAUUCAACCAACAAUGGGGAAUACAAGAACACGGCAAACAAGUUGACAAGCAGCUUGGUCAACAUCAGAGCAAUCAUCAAUCAUUUCACACCCAAGAUUGAUUCCUGGUCAACAUCCAAUAAACAAACAGCUUUGACUGAAGAGCAGGUCCUGGAAGUGGUGCGGACAAACUACGACACACUGACGCUCAAACUGCAAGACAGCUUAGAUCAAUAUGAGAGAUACGCCGAGAAACCUAAAGAAACUGCCUUCUUCACUUUACUGGUUCGAGCCAUCGUUCACGAUUUCCGCAAGAACGUCGUCAUCUCCAAUCUGGAGCAGCAGAGCGUCCUGCAAGAGUUCUCCACCAUACAUUGAAAACACACUGCGAGCAGGAAUGACUUCUUGACAGUCAACUGUAGAGGGCGUUCCUUCCUAUUGAUCGCAUCCAACAGGCUCCGGGAGCAAGGAAUUGUCUGAAAGGACGUAAAUGGUGGACAUGAUUAUGGUUAUCCAUCGUAACGAGAGAGCACGGUCAGAUUAAGGCUCCAACGAGAAAUGUGAUUUGCCUCCAAUCUGCUGUGUUAAUAUCAGAAAGUUGAGUAUAUCUCAUACCAUGAACAUGGCGAAGAAUGCAAGUUCAUUGAUGGUUUUUUUUACCCUAAGUUGCUGCAUUGAGUCAGGUUUAGUCUGCAUCCUCUGUUCUUGAUGUCACUAAGUGAAGGACGUCUCUCAUGACAGUUUUCUCCAUCUCCAACACUGUUAAUCAUAAGUCUGAAGAAAAGGUUGAAGAUGAUGCAGAAAUGUACAAUUUAGGAGAUGAUGGGAAACAACACAUUGCACUGCCACUUUUUUGCCAGAAUGGAAUUUGACCUUGGUCGAGGAAAUGGAUGGUAAGAAAAGUAGCAGCUGACUCUGCCUGUGACCUUGUGACCUCAUGACCACGGGGGCAUGACCCUUGGCAAGAUCUGUCAACAACAUCUGUAUGCAAUUUGUCCUCUUAAGAGAAAAUCUCCCAUGGCAAAAUUGGCCACACCGUCAAGUUCGUGAUUGUCCUCGACUGGCCAUGUACAAAUAUGGUCAUGUGACUCCAUUACUGACUCGCCACUGAGAAUGAACUCAAAGUCAACCAUCGCACAGGUAUCUUUACCUCCUUGAGUAACCUGACUCCUGUCAACCUCAGAAAUCUCCACAACAAGUAAUUAGUCAUUUAUAAUCAGAGUAGUGUUCUGUUGAAAGUACAGGUAAUUGGAAAACCACUGCCAAGAUGGAAUGGUAAGGGAAGGAAUUGAAUAUGGGAGGAAUCUUUGCAGGACAUUUUCUCCAAGUACUUGAGACCAUUGAUAAUAAUUCACCUUAACCCUGAUGACACAGAUGACAAGUGGUCAGCCUGAAGGUUUCUUCAGCUAUUUAAUCGGAUGAUUUCAGGAAACUAAGAAACUGAUGACUUCGUACUGGAUGUGUAUCUGCUUUCAGGAGGAAAGUACUUAUCCCCUGCCCCCCCCCAGUUACUUGUGCUUCAAUAGGUCCAAUCUCUGCUAAUGAAAGCCCCAGUGAAUCUCAUGGUCUGCUAUUGUCUUACAACCCGUAGGCAGUUUGCUUGUACAAAUCACAUUGCACCUUUGGCGUGUAAUGUGAGGGUUGCUUAAGAAAUUACCUGCUAUCCAAUUUCAUAUUGUAGCUGCAGCAUGUGGGCAAUCAUUGUGAUUGAAAAGCCUUCCAGCUGUUAUUUUUUAAAUCCAUGUGUCUGGAGUUCUGUAAACAAACAAAUGGACCAGCGAGAUUCAGAAAAUGCACUGCUUGCUUGGGUGCAGGUUCGGAAGCUGAUUUUUCUCCUCAGGCAAGUGUUUUGCUUAGCAAGUUGUAAAAUCUCAGCUUGUAAAUCAACUGGCCCUUGCAGAGAUUUGCAUAUUGCAACUCAGUUCAUUUAUCAUAACAUUAUUGCUCUAUCUCACUUUCUUAAGCCUAACAUGUCUGUCUUGAGGAAUAUACCUUCUAUCUUGGUGUUAAUUUUGAUGUCACAUUGUCAUUUGCCUUCCUUUUACAACCCAAAUAAGGAGACAAUUAAGAUCUUUCAAGUCUUAUCACAGAUCAGCUCAUUAAACUCUCAUUACAAAAUUGGAUUCAGGAGAGGAACAAAUUACUUAUCAGAGUUAUAAUUGAUAGUUGCUCCUACACAAUGAUUGAAGUUUUCUGCACCGGUGAGGUUUAAGAGCCUUUAGGGAGGAGCUUUCCAACACUCUUUGUCCCAUAAAUUAUCUGAACAUUUUAUUCAGUGUAUGAGCAACAUAAGGAUUGGAAGUAUUACUCCUCAGAGUCCUCAGUACAACUGGGUCAUGGAAUGGGAGUUACUGGAUCAUGGAAUGGGAGUUACUGGAUCAUGGAAUGGGAGUUACUGGAUCAUGGAAUGGGAGUUACUGGGUCAUGGAAUGGGAGUUACUGGGUCAUGGAAUGGGAGUUAUUGAGGGAACCAGAAUUUGGGCAGAGAUUGCUGGACCCAGUACAAAAAUCCUUGGGAACAAGUUAGCUCCUAAAAGGAAUGUACUUUUUAAAAGAACUGUGUCUCAGACAGUUACCUCAUGGAACCAUGCCAGGAACCCUCAUUUGGUCUGGUGCGCAUUGUAUACAUGUCCACUUGGUAAAGGUCUCCACUGUGUGCCCUCGGGGAACAAGACAGAUGUCUGCAGCUUCAAGAAGGCCCUUCACAACUCCUUAAAACUCACUGAAGGAGCAUAUUGUAGCCAGUAGACGCCUAACUCGCAUCCUUGAAGACAUCUCAAUUGCUAGGUUUUAUCAUAGUGACACACUCCAGGCUGUAGUGCUGAGACACACUAAGAGCUUUCAUGACAAGUAUAGGUAAGAACGGACUCGUGUAAUGGUAUAUCACCUGUACUUCUUCAAAGGUCAUAUUUCUCUAGAGUGUACCUCAGCAAUCACAGAAGAAAAAUCUUGAGAGUGAGAAAACCGUAUUAAUAACUUAGGUGAAAGAAAUUGUGGAAAACUAGGCCAGUGAAGGAGGAGAUGGAGUAUAUUUUUUUGGUUGGGGGGGGAAUUUUCUUUUGAGAUGGAUUGGUUAUACUUGUGCAUUCGUGUUGGUCAGUAUAAAGUGGAACUAAAAAAUAGAUAAUGUACAGGUGUAAAAUUAAGAGCUAAGUGAAUUUUUUUGCUUGUCUAAGCAAGUAACCAGGGGGGUGCCACUUCAGAAUUACCUGUUAGAGAAUAUGUGAACUUAUAUUUACUUGUUACAUAAAGUUUGAAGUGGGCAAAGGGAGGUUAAUAACGCAAACAGUAAAACUAUUUCUUUGGAAAUCUUUGGGCAAAACUGUUGUGCUGACUAUAAAUGUAAACACUGUACAGUUGAUGACAAAUUUUGAUUUAUUUUCUUUUUUAUUUAAGAAAAUCAGAUUUUCAAGGCUUAUUUUGAAAUCAGGUUAAAUCGAUUUUGGGUGUUUUAAAAAUACUGUUUCCCUCAGCUCAGAAAUAUUUCGCAUUUUUGUACAGAUUGCAUAAAAAAUUAAUUUUGCCUGCAGGUUUCAAAAGCCUUAAGUUUCUUAUGUGUUGAGCUUUUUUCUAGCAAUAGUGUCUGCUUUUUAAUCAUGCAGGAUGCGAUGUGGCAUGAAUAUUAAUUAAAUAACAAAUUGAAAUUAGUGCAUGGCUGUCGUAUUUAUGAGGAUUACUAGAAUCGUUAUAUAAAGACCAGUAAUGCAGCCAUACGAAGAAAUCCCUUUCAGAAUCUUGUAUCAUUGUGCUUUUUAAUAUGUAAUUUAUCGAUUCCACUGCUUGUGUUGUAUGCAAACCGCUUCAAGAUGUUACAGCCAUAAUGCAGAGAUUUCAUUUCGAAGAAGACCACGCAAGUAUCACAAACCCAUUUCAAGAAAUCAAGAGUUCUGUAAACUGGUAUUUGGAAGGUUCUAUGCACACCGUUGUUCACAUUAUUCCUUUGGUUGCAAUAAAACAGAAAACAACAUU